AUGACACCAUUAAUUCUAAUUAAUGGAUUAGAAUAUUUCAAUACACCAUUCUUUGAUGAAAAUAAACAUUUGAUUGGACAAAUUUCAGCACUUUUUGCUCAAAAAGAUGGGUUUGUUUUAA